AUGACUAUUUUAAAAUCAAUUUCAAGUAUGGGUAUCUCUAACAGAAAGAAUUCAUUCUCCUUUGUUUCUACAAACAGCAUGAUUGAAACAAAUCAAAAUGUAAACUCUGUUUCCAAGUCUGGUUAUUCAAAACUAAUAAAAGGUGCCGCUUUAAUGGCUGAAGGAAUUUCAGGUUUCUUUUAA